AGCAUCGUCCAUGCGGGGGGAGGGGUUUAACCGGUGGUAGCGGACAGGGGGCGGAGGCUCCGUCUCUUCUGACCGACUCUGCUGCGCUGUCUCCGGCUUCUCGACUCUUCACUGACCCGGUGAAAGUUCCUCCUCCGCUGCAGACAUGGCUCCCAGCGCGCAGCUGAAGGAGGCGAUGGCCGACAUGCACGAGGGUCUGUCUGCAGGUUCUGUUGGAGAACGAUCGCAUGGAGAACAUAUUCAGUGACGUGAUCUACAGCCAGUUCACCACCGAGUUCACCAAGAUCCUCCAAUGUCUCAGACCCUCGGUCACAGCCGCUGGUUACGUCCAGUUGGGGGCGUACCCCCCCAUCGUCCUCCUCAACACCCUGCUCUUCUUCUGCUGCGAGGACUUUGGCUUCACCACGGUGGAGCAGCACCGCCAGCUGUCCUUCACCCAGCUCACCUGCUGCACCAGAACCAACCUGAACCACACCCGGACCACUUCCCUGCGCUUCUACCGCCCAUAUCCACGACUGAAGCUCCGCCAGGUGCCAACACGACUGUGAAGAUACAACAGUGAUGAAGAAGAUUACAUCUUAUUACCUCCUCUUAUGUUUGCUUUGUCAUGUUUAUCUGACACAGACGGAGUUCCCGCUACAAACCGUAAUAAAGAUAACGUGGAGAAUUCCCUGGAGAUGAUGGAGAAUGUUAGGAUUUUAAUAACAUAAUUAGACACUAUAGCCCCGAAAAGGAUCGAUUUUACACGCACCAUGUUUGUACCUUAACAGAAAGAAUGAAUGUGUGUGUGUCUGUGAA